AUGUCAAGUUAUUGGGCAGACGAAUGCGAACUAACCGCACGCAAGAUUUUGCGACGGGGUUUCCUGAUCGACGAGAUGCGCGAGAUGUCGAGUAUCGCUCUCGGCGAAGAGCAGAAAACGCAGGUGGUCUUGAUUAUAUCGACAGGAACCUACCCGAUAUAUAGUAUUUCGUAUUUGGAGCCUGGAAUUAGGGAAGGUUUGGUGGAUAUGGCAAAGGAUGGAUUAGAAGGGAGGAUGAUUAUAUACGGCCUAGGUUUUCAGUUCAAGAGGCGUGAAGAUGUCGCUCAUAUAAUCAAUUCCAGACGGACUUCAGGUUCCUCUCGGUAGAAAGAGUACCCCGUAUUGUCGGAUGUCAUAUUAUUAUGACUAGCGACUCUGGUUCUGUUGUAAGGUAUCCAUACCUAGCGUGUUACUUCGGACGGGGAACUAAUCGAAGUGUGAACAAUACGGGGGUAUAUUGGAGUCCAACAGUGGCAAUUGGAACCUCAUCCGUGAUACACAUACAUAUACAGC